UUCACGUUUAUGAAUUUCUUUUGUUGUGAUAAAACGUUUAGCUAGCUGCCGGGAAAUUUUCUUUAAUCGUAUUAUCCACAAAGUUAUAUUUGUCUGUUUUUAUAAUUUGAGAGGAUGAGUGGCGGAGUGUAUGGAGGCGAUGAGGUUGGAGCCCUGGUGUUUGACAUAGGAUCAUACACAGUGAGAGCUGGCUAUGCUGGAGAAGAUUGUCCCAAGGCUGACUUCCCCACAGUGAUCGGCGUGACCCUGGACAGAGAGGAUGGCAGCACCCCGAUGGAGACAGACGGCGGGGACAAGGGCAAGCAGGGCACCAACUACUUCAUCGACACCAACCAGCUGAGGGUGGCCCGCGAGAACAUGGAGGUCAUGUCACCGCUCAAAAACGGCAUGAUCGAGGACUGGGACAGCUUCCAGGCCAUCCUAGACCACACCUACAAGAUGCACUUCAAGUCCGAGCCCAGCAUGCAUCCUGUACUCAUGUCAGAAGCCUCGUGGAACACACGAGCCAAGCGGGAGAAGCUAACCGAGCUGAUGUUUGAGCAUUACAACAUUCCCGCCUUCUUCCUGUGUAAAACGGCAGUGCUCUCCUCCUUUGCCAAUGGACGAUCCACAGGGUUGGUGUUAGACAGCGGCGCCACACACACAACAGCCAUUCCAGUGCAUGACGGUUACGUGCUUCAGCAAGGCAUUGUCAAGUCUCCCCUUGCUGGGGAUUUUAUGAGCAUGCAAUGUAGAGAGCUAUUUCAAGAGUUAAAUGUUGAAAUAGUCCCUCCUUACAUGAUUGCCUCAAAGGUGAGACCUGCUAAAGAUGCAGUACGUGAAGGAGCCCCAGCAAGCUGGAAGAAGAAGGAGAAACUACCUCAAGUCACCCGUUCCUGGCACAACUACAUGUGUAAUACUGUGAUCCAGGAUUUCCAGGCCUCCGUGCUGCAGGUUUCAGACUCGCCGUACGAUGAACAAGUUGCAGCCCAGAUGCCCACAGUUCACUACGAGCUGCCCAAUGGAUACAACUGUGACUUUGGGGCAGAGAGGCUGAAGAUUCCAGAGGGCCUUUUCGACCCCUCCAAUGCCAAGGGUCUGUCUGGCAACACCAUGUUGGGAGUCGGCCACGUGGUGACCACCAGUGUGGGAAUGUGUGACAUUGAUAUUCGGCCGGGUCUUUAUGGUAGUGUGGUGGUCACCGGCGGCAACACACUCAUCUCUGGCUUCACGGACCGACUCACCAGAGAACUCUCUCAGAAGACCCCCCCUAGCAUGAGGCUGAAGUUGAUAGCCAACAACACAACGGUGGAGCGCAGGUUCAGUGCCUGGAUAGGAGGCUCCAUCCUGGCAUCACUAGGAACUUUCCAGCAAAUGUGGAUCUCGAAACAAGAGUACGAGGAGGGCGGUAAGCAGUGUGUGGACAGAAAGUGCCCUUGAUUGACCGCCAACAACGUUCUGCUGCCUCCAGAACUCCCAACAACGUUCUGCUGCCUCCAGAACUCCCAACAACGUUCUGCUGCCUCCAGAACUCCCAACAACGUGUCUAGUUUAACAUUUUAUUGUGGACUCCAGAACUCCCAACAACGUGUCUAGUUUAACAUUUUAUUGUGGACUCCAGAACUCCCAACAACGUGUCUAGUGUAACAUUUUAUUGUGGACUCAGGAACACCCAAGGACGGUUGCUGUUUUUGAUGAUUUAAAAAAAAACUGAUAAGUCUGUCUUUUUUAUAAUUUUAUGUAGAAAACAUUGACUAUAACAAACCGUGUCACAUUGCUAUGAAGAGGGAGGGGGAGGCUAAGUUCCUUUUUGAUUCCACAUCAUUUUCAGUAUAUUUAACGACUUGAUAUUUUGAUAUCAGUCCUCUUGACAGGUAAGAAACACUUGGGCAGUGUUAGUGGAUAUGCAUUAUCUAAUGUGGUGUCAGGUGAAUGUCAUUUGUCUUUAAGCCUUUCCAUUUUGAGUUAGUGAAUACGCUUCUCUAAUGAUGCCAUUAAUUCGCUGUCGUUGAGUUGCUGGACAAGACAAUUAUUCACUGCAAAUGAAAUUUGUAUUUCAUUUCACUCAUGUUGAUAUUUGAUUGGCUAUUUGCUGUCUUGAAAAUAAAAGGAAUAUUUGUUAAGUGA